UUGAAGGGUAUCUCCAUAUAGCUCAAAAAUGGCCAAUUCUUCUUCAUUAUUUAUACGAGUAAUAAAAUUAUUUAUUGUUUUGCAGCUGUUAUGUAUAUAUUCAUUGUGUGCAAAUGGAUGUUUUACUUCGAUCAUCAGUUUUGGGGACUCUCUAGCCGAUACUGGUAACCUUAAACUACUUACCUCCAAGCAAAAUCAAAAGCCUCUUCAUUUCUUUUUCCCACCUUAUGGCCAAAAUUUUUUCCAUAAGCCCACUGGUCGUUGCUCCAACGGUCGCCUCAUCAUCGACUUCAUUGCUGAGGGCACAAGGCUACCAUUGGUACGACCAUUUGUUACAGAAAAGGGGAGCCGUAUGAUUGGCAUGCGACGAGGAAUAAACUACGCGGUGGCAGGUGCAACUGCAUUGGAUUCUUCGUUUCAUGCGGCCAACGGGGUUCAAAAUCCAAUGACAAAUUCAUCGUUGGGAGUUCAGUUGGGGUGGUUCAAACGAUCGUUGCCAUCUCUUUGUGCCAUUAAUGUUCGAGAUUGUAAGCAUUUUUUGGGAAAUUCAUUGGUCCUCAUGGGUGAGAUUGGGGGAAACGAUUACAAUCAUGCCUUACUCGCUGGAAAAUCCAUAGACGAUAUUAAAUCAUAUGUUCCGCUUGUUAUUGAGGCCAUCAUCUCUGCAGUUAAUGAACUUAUUGACAUAGGAGCCAAGACACUAAUAAUACCAGGAAACCUACCAAUUGGAUGUUCUGCAGUGUAUUUAACAAACUACUAUGGCUCUCAAACAGUCAACUAUGAUAAUUCAACCGGCUGCAUAAUGCAAUUAAAUGAAUUUUCCGAGUACCACAAUGAACAACUUAAGAUAGCAUUAGACCAAGUCCGACAACUUCAUCCUGAUAUCAACGUCAUCUACGCUGACUACUACAACGCUGCUAUGCAAUUCUACAUGUCCCCUGUCAAAUAUGGAUUCACAAACGGAGCCUUAAGAGCAUGUUGUGGAGGUGGAGGGCCAUUUAACUACGACGCGUCUAUAGCGUGUUCAGACUUGUCAUCAUCUGUAUGUGUUCACCCAAAUACAUAUGCUAACUGGGAUGGAUUACACUUGACCGAAGCAGCAUACAAAGUUAUUUACAAGAGCUUAUUUCAAGGUAAAUACACCACGCCCCAAUUUAACUCGGUGUGUGCUUCUUCUAUGAUGCAAAAGAGAGAUAGAAUAUCAAGUUCUAUGUAAAUAUGUACUCGUAGUAAAUAUGUGUUACUGUAGUAAAUUCUUGUUCAUGCCUUUUAAUACAUGUAGCUAAACAUGGGAAAGGGAUGUUCCGUUAUAAGCAACUGAAAUAUGUAUCUUCUUUAUCAUAACUGUAUGUAUAAACAUCAUCUACCAAUAAACUAAAACAGUAUUGUUGUAUCCUUUGAUCGA